AUGUGCCACUUUCAGGUCUCCUCACACUGCUGGUGUAUUCCAUUUUUUGUCAUAGGGUGCUGGCAGAUUACGGGCCUCCCAUAGCUGCUGCCAGGCCCCUAAUCUGCCAUGGGCCCCUAUAUACCGCCUCCUCAUGCUGCUGCCAGGUCCAGAGUCUCUCAUGGGUCCCUGUACGGCCUCCCAUUGCUGCUGUCUCCAUCGCCACACUCUGCCAUGUGCCACUUUCAGGUCUCCUCACACUCCUGCUGGUUUCCAUUUUGUCAUAGGUUGCUGUUUGGCCUCCCAUUGCUGCUGCCUCCACCGCCACACUGUGGCUCCAAACACUGGUUUUGGCCCCGUGACUGGCCAAAUGAGUGAAGUGUGUGGUGAUUCUAAGAUCGACGGCACUCAUCUGCAUGUCAUACUG